UAUUUAAACAACAGUCUUCAGACUUGCUUCAAAAUGUCCCUGUGUGCAUCUUCUCACAAGGACUUUUCUCAGUUGCUGCCACUUCAGGAUAUUGGAUGCAAUAAAACAGAAAUUAAAAACUCACCGGCUGGUAUCGUCUCUCCAGUUCCCUACAGCUGUAAUCAGUCCACGUUGACAGCAGAACACAGUCCAGUCUAUAUUCCCUCAUCUUACAUGGAAAACAGACAUGAAUAUUCUGCAAUGGCAUUCUGCAGUCCUGCUAUCAUGAAUUACAACAUUACCAGCAAUUUUGGUGAUUCAGAGAGUACAUCUGUGAGGCAGACAUCAAGUCCCAAUGUGUUAUGGUCUGCUCCUGGCCAUCUCUCCCCUCUGACGUUGCACUGUCAGUCAUCGCUUCUGUAUGCAGAGCAGCCAGAGAGUCCCUGGUGCGAAGCAAGACCAAUGGAGCCAGUGCUACCUGUGACCAGAGAAACGUUAAAAAGAAAAACUAAUGGCAAUGACUGUACAAGCCCAAUUGCAAAUAAUCCUGGCUCAAAAAGGGAUGCCCACUUCUGUGCAGUCUGCAGUGACUAUGCUUCAGGAUACCACUAUGGGGUCUGGUCAUGUGAAGGCUGCAAAGCAUUCUUUAAAAGAAGUAUUCAAGGACACAACGAUUACAUCUGCCCAGCUACCAAUCAAUGCACGAUAGACAAAAACAGGCGCAAAAGCUGCCAGGCAUGCCGGCUACGGAAGUGUUAUGAAGUGGGAAUGAUGAAAUGUGCCUCAAGAAGAGAACGUUGUGGAUAUCGGAUCCUGCGUCGCCAUCGUAAUUCAGAAGAUCAGGUGCAUUGCAUUGGCAAAGCUAAGAAAUACAAUGAGACGGCGACCCGCGUAAAAGAGAUCCUGCUCAGCACAGUCAGUCCGGAGCAGUUUGUUUUAACACUACUUGAAGCGGAGCCUCCCAAUGUGUUGGUGAGUCGUCCCAGCAAACCAUUCACGGAGGCCUCCAUGAUGAUGUCCCUGACAAAACUGGCAGACAAAGAGCUGGUUCACAUGAUUGGUUGGGCAAAAAAAAUUCCUGGUUUCAUUGAUCUCAGCCUCUAUGACCAAGUAAGACUCUUGGAGAGCUGCUGGAUGGAAGUUUUAAUGGUUGGUUUGAUGUGGAGAUCAAUCGACCAUCCUGGGAAACUGAUUUUUGCACCUGACCUUGUAUUAGACAGGGAUGAGGGGAAAUGCGUAGAGGGAAUUUUGGAGAUCUUUGAUAUGCUCCUGGCCAUGACCUCGAGGUUCCGAGAGCUGAAACUGCAGCACAAGGAGUAUCUGUGUGUCAAGGCAAUGAUCCUCCUCAAUUCCAGCAUGUUUCCUUUGUCAGCAGAAGAACCUGAAAGCAACAGGAAACUGCAUCACCUUCUUAAUGUAGUCACAGAUGCUUUGGUGUGGGUUAUUGCAAAGAGCGGAAUCCCCUCGCAGCAGCAGACAACUCGUCUGGCCAAUUUGUUGAUGCUCCUGUCUCACGUCAGACACGCAAGUAACAAGGGAAUGGAGCAUCUCCUGAGCAUGAAGUGUAAAAAUGUGGUCCCAGUGUAUGACUUGCUGCUGGAGAUGUUGAAUGCGCACACUCUCCGAGGCCCAAGGAAGUCUCCGGUCACACAUCCCGAAUUUGGCCCCUUAGAACAAAUGGAGACGGGAGACAGUCUGCGGAACGGGGCAGCCCAGUAA